AUCUUAGCCAUUUCGUUGUUUUGUUAAGAAAAGUCGCUGUCAUACAGUGAAAACAAAUCACGACAGAGCAGAGAUUAAAAAAAAUAAUAAUAAUAAAACAGAUGUGGUGAGUGGGGAGGUGUUAAACAAAUGUGAAAAUGGCAGGGUCGGCAUUAAGGAGGCUGAUGGCAGAAUACAAACAAUUAACAUUAAAUCCCCCCGAAGGCAUAAUUGCGGGACCAAUUAACGAAGAAAAUUUUUUUGAGUGGGAAGCGCUCAUCACUGGACCAGAAGGAACAUGUUUCGAAGGAGGUGUAUUUCCAGCAAAGCUUGUAUUUCCUCCUGACUACCCACUGAGCCCACCAAAAAUGCAGUUUACUUGUGAAAUGUUCCAUCCAAACAUUUAUGCAGAUGGCCGUGUGUGUAUCUCUAUUCUACAUGCUCCUGGGGAUGAUCCUAUGGGCUACGAGUCAAGUGCUGAACGAUGGAGCCCAGUACAGAGUGUAGAGAAAAUCCUCCUUUCAGUUGUUAGUAUGUUGGCAGAGCCAAAUGAUGAGAGUGGUGCAAACGUUGAUGCUGCGAAGAUGUGGCGGGAAGAUCGUGAAGAAUUCAACAGGAUAGCCGAGAGAAUAGUCAGAAAAACACUUGGAUUGCCUCCGCCAUAAUCCUGAUUUGUUAAAUAUCCUUUCUUUGUAAUGUGAUAUAAUAGAAACCUUGGAAUACCUGUGAUCACCAGUUCAAUAUUUGUCCAGCAUGUCUUGAUUUGCAGAAUUCUAGCCUAUUUGAAAUAGCAAGUUAAUUUAUGAAACUUUUGUUGUGCCUUUAUUGAUGGCAUUGAAAAAACAGAAACUGGUCCGUAUACAUUUUUUCAGUUUAUUUUAUUAUACACAUGUUCAUACAAUUAUAUAGAAAAAUUGUACAUCAUCUUGGAAUUUACAAUUGUGGUAUCUUGGUGUAUAUAGUUCUUUUUUCCUUUUUUAUGUUUUUCAUGCAUAUAAUGUCUGUUGUUAUUAAAACCUGUGGGUUUCUGGUCAAACUGUACAGUUUUUGUGUCUGUGUAUCUAUACAACACAAAAAUAAAAAUUAAUAGUGUUUUCAUACCAUAAA